CUUUUGCGGGGCGCUUCCGCCUGUUGGGAGCCAAGUCCCACGACGUGUGGGCGUCACGUGUCGCAGGACAGCCCAAUCAGCCCGCCGACCAUGCCCGCGGGCGUGCCCUGGGCCACCUACCUGAAGAUGUUCACCGCCAGCCUCCUGGCCAUGUUCGCGGGCUCCCAAGUGGUGCACAGGUACUACCGGCCGGACCUGACAAUACCUGAAAUUCCACCAAAGCCUGGAGAACUCAGAACGGAGCUUUUGGGGCUGAAAGAGAGACAACACAAACCUCAAACUUCUCAGCAGUAGAAACCUCAAAAUACAACUCUACCAAGAACUCUGUGAAUAAUAAGUCUUAAAUACAUAUAUUUGAAAUUUAUUGACUCAAA